UUGAGGUAAUGGCCGCUCUCGCUGUGUCGUGCCGAGUGUUCUUUUUUCUCCUCCAUAGCGGUUAAAUUAAACCGUAUCAUAUUUAUUGUAGACUGUAGAAAUCAAUAUCAGCGGGAGAGGGCAAGUCUUAACGCCGCUGUGCCGUCUGUAAAGAGCUCCGGGUCGGCAAGAAUAUUCUCCAAUGGAUACUCCUGAAAGCCCUACCCAAUCCCCUCAGUCCCCUGAAGAGGAGGAGAAGGGCCUUUCUGACAGUGAGCUGCUGGAUUCUCCUGAUGAAGAAGAAGACAGGCUCAUCUCAGACAGUGAGAUAGUCCAUGAAGAGGAGAACGGGGCGUUGGUCGAGGAGGACGAAGAGGAAGUGGAAAGCAGAGGAAGAGCUUCGGAAGUAGAAGAGGAGAGGGAAGAAGAGGAUGAGGUGGUCCCUGACUUUGUCUCUGACCCAGAGGACGAGGAGCCUGUAGAAGAAACAGAAGGGAUGGGACACGAAGAUGGGACCAUUAUGCUGAUGGAGGGAGAUGAAGAUGGUCCACAGGGGGACCAGUUGGAUGGGGAGGAGCAAGAGGAUAGAGUCAUUGACACCCCACAGUCUCCAGACUCUGAGCCAGAACAAGGCAGGAGCUUCAUGCCUGAAGAGGAUGGGGAAGAUAGGGAUGAAGGAUACGGUGACUACCGAAAGGAAGCCUCAGCAGAGCCCGAGACAGCUGAGGAGGAGGAGGAAGACAAAGUCAAAGCCGAGGAGGACGAAAGGAUGAGAGCUGAGGAGAGGAGGAGAGCGAGGGAGAUGAAUGAUGACUCUGCGUCUGUUUCCCGGGAGCUGGACGAGCAUGAACUGGAUUAUGAUGAGGAAGUCCCAGAGGAGCCCACCAUUCCUGCACACGAGGAAGAGGACGAUGAGGAAGAUGCAAAAGCAGAGGGCGAAGAAGAGGAGGAGAGUGAGGUUAAGAGCAGUAAGAAGAAGGAGAAAAAACCCAUCCUCCCCCCAUCUCCUAAAGACAGUGAGUUCAAGAGGACAGACGACUCGAAAGGGCCUGAGAGGGUGCGCAGGGAUUCCUUCAGAGACAAGAAGAAGGAUGAGGAUGAUGGAGAGAUCGAUGAAGGAGAGAUUGAUGACGAUGACUUGGAGGAGGGGGAGGUCAAAGAUCCCUCGGACAGGAAGAUCAGACCACGUCCAAUCUGCAGGUUUUUCAUCAAAGGAAAUUGUACUUGGGGUAUGAACUGUAGGUUCAUCCACCCUGGAGUCAAUGACAAAGGUAACUACUCUCUCAUCACCAAGCCAGACCUCUUCUCACCUAACGGAGCGCCUCCUGGAGGACCACACCCACUUAUACCCAAUAAUCCUUGGGCCGGACCUGCAGUGGAAGAGCUUCCCCCACCCCCUCCUCCAGUGGAGCCUCCUGUGGAGAGUGCCUGGGAGCGGGGUCUGAGGCAUGCCAAAGAGGUGCUGAAGAAGGCCACCAUCCGUAAGGAGCAAGAGCCAGACUUUGAGGAGAAGCGUUUCAACGUGACCAUUGGAGAGGACGAGAGAGAAUUUGACAAAGAGAAUGAUUUCUUCAGGGAGCGCAGCUACCGCAUCAUCAGAGAUGAAAUGGACUUCAGAGAUCCUAUAUAUGGUGACCCAUAUGCUGAUCCAUACUAUGACUAUGAAAUGGAGGCUCUAUGGCGAGGUGGCCAGUAUGAAAACUUCAGAGUGCAGUACACAGAAGCUCCUGUUCCUUACCACUACAGUGAGCGUGAACGUGACCGCGACCCUCGGGAGCGCCACCGGGACAGAGAGAGGGAGAGAGAUCACCGCGAGAGGGAGCGCCGGCAGAGAGAGAGGGAGAAGGAGAGAGAGCGCGAGCGUGAGAAGGAGAGGAUGCGGCGGAAAGAAGAGUGGGAGAGGGACCGGAUGAAGCGGGACGAGAAGGAGAGGCCGAGGAUGCGUCCUCCUCGAGACGCCAGGGAAAAGAAAGACGAGGACAAACUGAAGCCACGCUCUCCCCUCAGCCUGCCUCCCAACAGGCCGAUGGAGCCUCCCUCAAAGAAGGAGGUCGUUCCAGUCAUGAGGCGACCAGAUGAGUGGAAGGACCCGUGGCGUCGGUCCAAAUCCCCCAGAAGACGCCCCGGGCUGGGGUCUCCACCACGAGGCCGGCGGCGACAUAGGCCCUCAGGCUCCUCUGUCUCUCUCUCCAACUCCUCCAGGUCUUCGUCUCGCUCUUCAUCCUACACAGGCUCUGGGUCAUCUCGUUCCCGCAGCCGCUCUUCCUCAUUCAGCUCCUACUCCAGCCACUCCUCCCAGCGCAGCUCCUUCAGCGGCAGCCGUUCUAGGUCUCGAUCCUUCUCCACAUCUCCCUCACCGAGUCCAGCAGCACCGAGGAAUGCUAAGAACAAACCAGACCUUCCACCUGUGUUAGCUAAAGGAAUGCCGCUGAAGCCGGGCGCCAUGCCCCCUCCUCGCAGGGACAAACCUCCCAUGAAGAAAGCUCCCAGUCCUCCCCCACCUGGUGGACCGCAGGGAAGGCCUUCCAAACCUCUGCCUGAGGGAGGGAAGCCUCCCAUCAAUCCCAGAGAGCCUGGAGGCGCAGGUGGCGGGCCAGGCGGCGGAGGAGGAGCAGGUAGACCCCUGCCACCACGGGAACCUGGGAAACCUCCCAACCCAAGGGAAGAUAGGCGGAAAGAACGACAGCAGCGUCCUCCUCGGAGAUCGCUGAGCGUGAGCAGUGUGUCAUCAGUGUCAUCAGCGUCGUCCAGCAGCAGCUCGGUACGCAGCGCAGACUCAGACGAUAUGUACGCUGACCUGGCCAGCCCAGUCUCCUCCGCCAGCUCCCGUUCGCCCACACCAAACCACCCCCGCAAGGAGAGAGGGCCUGCGCGGGACCGGCCUCCACAUGGCAGAGACAAGAACAGGGAGAGACCAUCAAAGAAAGAUGAACCCUUCAGAGAGGACCGCAGGAAGAUUGACCUAUCCGGUGCCCCGCCUAGAGGAGGCAACCCCAUGCCUAGAUCAGGUCCUGGUAGCAGGGGUGGCCACCCUGUACAUCCUCCACCCGGGACCAUGGGCCCCCCAGGAAGCUAUGGAGGUUCAGGUUCCCACAAAGACAUUAAACUCACCCUCCUCAACAAGCAGCAAGGAGAUAAGGGCAACAGGAAGAGGUACCUUCCUUCAGACAAAGACAGGCCAGGUUCCCCCCUCAGCAAGAGAAUGGCCAUGUCUCCAGACAGAGGCCGUGAUAAGAGGAUACCUGGACGACCCCCACUCUCACCUCGAAUGGACCGGCCCAGAGGCCAAGGGCCCCGACCCAUGCCCCCCCCUGGAGACAGAAAACGUCCUCUGUCACCACCCCCCAAGUCAUCCGGGAAAGGCCCGGCGCUGCCACUGGGAAAGCCGGUUGCCCCUGGCUCCACUUCGGCCGCCGGCACGGGCUCGGGUUCGGGCUCGGGCUCAGGCUCAAACAAACCCAGCAACACACUGUCUCGCAGAGAGGAGCUGCUGAAGCAGCUGAAAGCCGUGGAGGACGCCAUCGCCCGGAAACGAGCAAAGAUCCCUGCCAAAUAAAAGGAAGCCCGCUCCUUGCCUGUUUGCCUGCCUGCCCAUGUGGCCUCGUGAGCCGGAGAAGAAACAGUGAUGGGAUGGGGCGUUUUUCCCCUGCCUUCAGUGGACAUAUAAAAAUGUUGUAUGGUUCAUGUAUAAAGGCUAUUGUGUAAGUGAACAGGAAGUGGCCACCAUGAAAACCAUCUUCUGCUUUUUGCCCUCAGAAGAGGUUUGGCUGUGCUCCAUUCCAGAGUGUUGUUCACUCCCAUAUGCCCGACUUUAGCUCCCCUUUCAAUGUCUCAGCUGCAGUUUACCUCAUCACCGAGAACCAAGAGGAAACAUUUGGGCAUCUGGUGAGGGAAGGACGUCUCAGGAAUGGAGUGUACUUUGUGUAGACGCUGCAGCACAGAAACACAAGGGUAGUAAGAUGCACUCGAUCACUUGCUACUCACUCUGUUCCUUCAGUGAAAAGGAUGCAUCUUCCUCUUGUGGUGUGAUGAAUAACAGAUUUAUACACAUUGAUUCUUUUGUCUGUCUCUGCCCCUUUUUAUCGUCUUGUUAUCCCACCUUUUCUUAAGUUUCCUCUGCGUGGAGUGAUGUAACUGUUGGGUCAACUCUACAGGGUACUGACAGUCUCUUACAUUUGUACAAAUCUACAAAUUCUCGAGCAUCCGUAUUCGGCCCCUGUAAGCGAUCACUAGCCCCAUGCUUUGUUCACAGCGAGCUCAUCUUUAACCAACGACUCGUCUGUAUUAUGUGUUUUAAGGCAGCGUUCACUGUCACACUUUGUACAAUACUAGCAAGUCAUCAGAUUCUGUCAAGCAUAUGAUUAUAGACAACAGUGAUGUGAAGUAUUGCUCUCUUUUUUUUUUUUUAAAUUGCAGCAUUUUGUUUUCUUCUUAGCUCUUCUCAAGUGAUAAACUGAUGUUUUAUUUGUGUCACAUUUUUAGUUGGAGGAGUAUGAGAGGUGGAACGGGGACAUUUAGAGACAAGAUAUGUCUUGCUUUUGUGACAAAAGCCUUCUAAAUAAACUAUUUUGAUAAAGAGAA